CACAAUGACUCGAACACCACACGCGACGCGACGCGACGCGAGCAGAGCCCGCAGCGUCACGGGCUCACAGCUUUGCGGCGGACCAAACGAAAAGAUCCCACGUGGCCACGUCUCCGCCCCGCUCCUGCCUCCCGCUCCCACCGUCCCGCGCCCGAGGCCCUCCGCCUCCGGCCACCAUGCCCGCCGCCGCGUGCCCCGCGCCCGCCCGCCUCCUCCUCCUCCCCCUCCCCCUCCCCUCCCCCUCCCCCUCCCGCUCCCUUCCCCUCCCCGCUUCCAACCCCUCUCCUCCACCUGCGGCCGCCUCCGCGCCCUCGCCCCCGCCCGCCGCCCCGCGGCCGUCCGCGCGCGCCGCGAGUCCUCUCCGCCCUCCCCUCCCGCCCCGGCCCCCGCAGACUCGCUCGACUGCGUCGGCACCGGCUCGGACGUCGAGGACGCUGCUCCCCUCCUGAAGGCCGGCGACGGGGAGGGCGACGCGGCGGUGCCGGCCUCCCCCGCGGCCGCGGGCAAGGAGCUCUGGGAGUGGGCGUCGCUGGUGUCGCCCUUCUUCUUCUGGGGCACGGCCAUGGUGGCCAUGAAGGGGGUCAUACCCCGGACGGGGCCCUUCUUCGUCGCCGCGCUGCGCCUGCUCCCGGCCGGCGCGCUGCUCGUCGCCUUCGCCGCCGCGCGCGGCAGGAAGCAGCCCUCCGGCUGGGAGGCGUGGCUCGCCGUCGCCGCGUUCGGGCUCAUCGACGCCGCCUGCUUCCAGGGCUUCCUCGCCGAGGGAUUGCAGAAGACGUCGGCUGGGCUCGGGAGUGUCAUCAUUGACUCGCAGCCACUGACUGUUGCUGUCCUCGCAUCACUGCUCUUUGGAGAGUCAAUCGGCGCGAUAGGUGUUGGAGGGCUCGUGCUGGGUGUCGUUGGUCUCUUGCUUCUCGAGGUUCCAGCAUUGUCAGUUGACGGAAAUGAUACGGCAAUCUGGGGAAGUGGAGAAUGGUUGAUGUUCCUCUCAGCUCAAAGCAUGGCAGUCGGAACUAUCAUGGUCCGUUGGGUGUCAAAGUACUCUGAUCCAAUUAUGGCAACAGGAUGGCACAUGAUUAUAGGUGGGCUUCCUCUGCUGGUUAUAUCUGUUCUGAAUCAUGAUCCUGCUCUGAGUGGACAUAUUCAAGACCUUACAUGGAGCGACAUAUUAGCACUUGGCUAUACAUCUAUAUUUGGCAGUGCUGUCAGCUAUGGUGUAUACUUCUACAAUGCUACUAGAGGUAGCUUAACCACACUUAGUUCUCUCACUUUCUUGACUCCCAUGUUUGCAUCCAUUUUCGGGUACCUCUACCUGGGUGAGACCUUCUCACCUGUACAGAUUGGUGGUGCACUUCUCACACUGGUUGCCAUCUACAUGGUUAACUACAAAAGUAUUGUAGGCGAGAAGUAAGAGGUUGUCGCAUACUCAUGCGGUGUCUAUCGCACGCAGGCGAUUGGGUGCUGUAUAACCACUCGUUGGAGCCGACAGGAAUCUGAGGAUUAGAGUCGCAGGGAGAACUAUACAGGUUGGAGAGAGAUGCGCUCCAUUGCAGGUUUAGUUGUAAGUUGGAGCAAAACCAAACAGGUCCUGUCAGCUCCGUCAACAUGAUUAGAUUGCCUGGUUGGGUCCUCGCACGCUUCUGGGUUAGCAAGGACAAAGCAGUAAUCUUUUUCUCUGUUUGCACAUCGCACGCCUAUUCGGGGCAGAGAAAGACUAGGAUUCAAGCUGUAGUUUGCUAAGCAUUAUGAGUUAGGGGGGAAUUCGCCCGGUUGUACAUACUGUUGAAAGCAUGGAAAUAGACAAAUACUUGAUGAAUCGGAGAGCUCUUGUAUAUGUUGAGUUGUGAUCCCUUGUGUAUGCGAGUAUGUAUUGCAUUUCAAAAGCUUUUUUCCCU